AAAUUGUCUAAAUUGCAUGAGUCUCUCACCACACCCAGACCGCAGGAUUGGUUUCUUGUCUCUAGAGGUUUCGCCUGCCCCCUUACCUAAUGGUUAUUUUGAAGAGUCGGAAGCGGCUCUAAUCCACUUACCUGUGCGCCCACCGAGCCUCGGUCCCGUCAGACAGCCACCAGUCGCCACUGAGAUGAGGAACAGCACAGCUUCAGCGCUCCUUUCGCUUGUCGGAAUGUGGGCGUCGGCAAAUGCUAUGCAUAAUAAAGGUGUGCAGGCUGAUACAGGCAUGAGGGCCAGGCAACACAGGCCACACCACAUCACAUCCUGGUUGGGAAAGUUUACAGCAGGGAAUCUGAUGUUUCUUGCUAAAAAUGGGUCUUUUCCGCAAAUUAGUGUCAUGCUGCUCUGGCCAUAUGUACUGGCCAAAAGCGUCUCGUCCGUACAACUGACUGCAGACAGGGCUUCUCUAUCUACAGGGCAGGAAGAAGAGCGCCCUCAUGUGAUGAAGCGGUCAACGCAGAGCUGCAACAGCACGUUUGACAACUACUGUCUGAACAACGGCCAGUGCAUGCUGCUGGUGGAUAUCAAUGAACACCACUGCAAAUGCGAGGGGGGCUUCUAUGGCUCCAGGUGUGACAAAAUGGAGCUGGUCACUCAGCCAAUGGCAGAAGGGCAGAUAGUAGCCACGGUUUUCUGUGUGACUCUGCUGAUUAUAGGUCUGGCCGGAGCUCUGUACCUCUGCUACAAAUGGUAUAAAAAGAACAGAUUCCUACGUCAGCAGAAGCAGCAGGGUUACAAAGGAGUCCCGGCUGUCUAGAGCGUCACACACACGUAUCCACUGCAUCGACUGCUGGUAAAGGCAAACCAGGAUUUCCCCCAGUUUUCAAGUUUCAACAGACCAUGACAUUACCUGACAAGCUUUCACUCAGUGUCUGGUUUAUGCUCACAGUACUGUAUGUCAUAUGGCUUUGGAUCACUUUAUCAAAGAAACACGUCAGUACAAAGAGAUCCGAAUGUCCAAAAAUAAAUCGCAGCUUUGUUUGCUUUGUGAUUGUUGUUUCCAGCUGCACUGGUUCUAAUGUUUCAGGACCUGCUUGUGUUUGAAAAGAUGUAAAGUGAGACACAUAAAAAUACAGUAGUUUGUGUGAGUGACACCGCCCACAGCUGUGGUGGGUCAUGGAAAUUUAAUGGAAAAUGACCCUUCACAGGUGGUGAAGUCAGACUGGUGGUGGGUCAGACUGGACCAGUUCAAGUGUUAGACAUUUCUAAUCCCUUGUAGUGAUCUGCGCUUUCAGAAGGGAGGUGAACCUCAUCAUGCGGCUUUUGUACUUUUCAUGCAAAGAGUCAUAGAUUAGCAUCAGAUUUAGGUGAAUUUGGCUGAUAGUAAAUGUCAUAAUCAUUAUAUCGUCACACCAUAAUUUUUUCAUGUUAAGCUACGUGUCUUUGAUGCUAGUUAAAGUGAGAUCUUAUUUCAAGAUUUCGAAGUGCUAAUUUUUUUUAGGUUCAGUGAGGUCGGAGCAUCAGAGAUCCAAAAUUAAAGCUGCCUUUUCUAUUCUGAAUUACUUCCAAGUUUUACAGUUUAAUUGCUCUUUAAAUCUAGCUUCUAAUUUAUAUUAAGCAUUUCUGCCUGGUUUAGCUUUUAUUUAUUGUUGCUUUUUAACCUUUGUAGCUAAAUAUUUAGCAUUACUACUGCUGUUAAACCUGCCACUGAAUGCGUUAACUGUUUUUAUUAUUUGAACAUCUGCUUAGUCAAUGUGCUCUUAUUUUGGUAAUUUAUUAUAAAGUAUAAAUGUGUACACUGAGAUCCUGUCCGUUAUGGAAGCUCUGUUACUACUACAAAACCGAAUACAACUUGAAGUUUUUAUAACUUUUGUAUGAAUUUCUUUUUCUGUGUUAAUGCCCUCAGUCAUACUGCAUAUGGUUUUGCUGUCAAAAGGGUUCAGCCGAGUCUUCAUGCACAGAUGAUCACCAAAUACUCUAUAAUGACUGUAACUUUUUACAUGAUGUUUUUGCAAUGGCAGUAUUAGUUGUACAUGUACCAAACAUGUUUGUUACAAUAUAAA